AUGUACCAUCAUCACCAGCAUCAAGGAAAGAACAUCCACUCUUCUUCAAGAAUGCCCAUCCCUCCUGAAAGACAUCUGUUCCUGCAGGAUGGGAAUGGCCCUGGAGAUUCUGGACUUGUCCUCUCAACUGAUGCCAAGCCUAGACUAAAGUGGACGCCGGAUCUUCAUGAGCGGUUCAUAGAAGCAGUAAAUCAGCUUGGAGGAGCAGACAAGGCGACUCCAAAAACAGUCAUGAAACUUAUGGGAAUUCCUGGACUUACCUUGUACCACCUAAAGAGUCAUCUUCAGAAGUACAGACUCAGCAAGAAUCUUCAUGGACAAGCUAAUAGUGGGAGCAGCAAAAUUGGUACUGUUGCUGUGGUGGGAGAUAGAAUGCCUGAAGUAAAUGCAACUCACCUUAACAAUCUAAGCAUCGGAUCCCAACCAAAUAAAAGCUUACAUUUCAGUGAAGCGCUACAGAUGCAAAUUGAAGUGCAAAGGAGGCUACACGAACAGCUUGAGGUGCAGAGACAUUUACAGCUCCGCAUAGAAGCUCAAGGAAAAUACCUACAGGCUGUGCUAGAGAAAGCCCAGGAAACCCUUGGAAGGCAAAAUUUAGGCACAGUGGGACUUGAAGCUGCCAAAGUUCAACUCUCUGAACUGGUGUCCAAAGUGUCCACCCAAUGCCUGAAUUCUGCAUUUUCAGAGCUAAAAGAUUUGCAAGGUCUGUGCCCACAGCAAACACAACCAACCCAGCCCAAUGAUUGUUCAGUGGACAGCUGCCUGACCUCCUGUGAAGGAUCACAAAAGGAGCAAGAAAUGCACAACACUGGGAUGGGGUUGAGGCCCUAUAAUAGUAAUGCUCUCUUAGAGCAAAAAGAGAUUGCAGAGGAACAUGCACUACAGAAAACUGAGCUCAAGUGGGGUGAAGACCUAAGAAAUAACAAAAUGUUUCUAACCUCAAUGGGACAUAAUACAGAAAGGAGAACAUUUUCUGCAGAAAGAAGCUGCAGUGAUUUAUCCAUCGGUGUCGGACUCCAAGGAGAAAAGGGGAAUUUGAGCAGUAGCUAUGCAGAGGGAAGAUUUAAGGGAAGGAGCGAGGAUGACAGUUUUCAAGAUCAGACUAACAAAAGGGCAGAAUCAGUUAAAUUUGAGAAUGAGAAAAUGUCACCAGGUUAUAGACUCUCUUACUUUGCAACCAAACUGGAUCUGAAUUCCCACGAAGAAAUUGAUGCAGCUUCAAGCUGCAAACAACUUGACUUGAAUGGUUUCAGCUGGAACUGA